GGUGAUCGCGUUCGGUUGGGUGAAUUCAGAAAACUGACUGUAGGUACGAGUACCUUCCACAACGUCCCCCCCCCCCCCCUUUCGUACCAGUUCCGGGAGCUAUUGCGCGUGUACACAGGGGGCUCGUGCGUGGUGGCUGCACAUAAACGAUAGACCUACCUUACAGUGCGGCUAGUGGCUGAAUACAAAGUGGGAACUGUGCGUGAGUGAAGAAACAACAAUUGGCAGUAAUUAGUGGUUUGAUUGUGUUCCGCAAUUGUCACGUUUGACGAGCUGAGGACUGCGGUGAUAGUGGAAAAUGUAAGUGAAUUGCAUGAGCAAAUUGUGUGGCUUAGUGAGGUGAAGAGAUUGGUUUUGGUUAAUGGAAUAUUGGAAAGUGUACGAGGCUGAAAGUUAGCUCCGCGGAAUGAAAAUGCGGCUUUUACUGCGCAAAAUGAUGGACUGUUCAUGAAUAUCAACCAGCUCUCGAUGGAAAAGUUUCAAUUUAACUGAACGGAUUUAUUUGCAAUUCGAAGCCCCGUUUGGAUUGAUCAAGUAACAGUUUUCACGUAUUUCAUUCACAAUUGGAAAUAAAAGAAGUGCCAAUGUCGUGCUUCGAACAUCAAAUAAGCACCCGGUUCGAAUGACAUUCGAGGGUGCCGUGUACGUUUUGAAACAAAAUACAGGUGGAGCUCACCGUCACGAAGCAGAUAUUAUGACCAACAUAAAACAUACGAACGACAAUAUUUUUAUUGGUGCUCAUCGACACAAUGUGACCGGAAAACCGUGCGAAAUUGCAUAGCGAAGAGCAGCAAGACUAACAUUAACGAUCCACGGAAUUGUGUUCGCGAAAAGCAUCAGCUUCAAUAACGUCGAACUACAAUAUUCGAAAGUUCCCAUUAGUUUGGGUAGGAAGAGCGGUCGAAAACAAUCGUUAAAUAGUAGAUUCCCCCCAAGACCGGCCACAUGAUGAUUGUACGGCAAACCCAAUCAAACUUCAAUGAAAUCAAACGUGCCCCGUGGAUAGUGACAUAUCAAUCGCGAUUAUAGUGAAAAACAAAAUGGUGAAAAUGUCGCGUAAUUGCAUCAUUCGACGAAACCCAAAAAGUGAGAAUGAUCACCCAAAAGCAUCCAAACACAAUUUCUACACAAUUACGUAAUAAAUUCGCUGCGUUGUUAAUUGGCUCAGACCCCACCAAAUGCCAAUGCAUGUGUUGGUAGAAAACAAGAGAAGAAAGGUGAAACAGUGAGUAACGAAAAAAAAUCCGCGAAACGCAAUAAGAAAGAAACCAGUUGUGUUGCGUCAAGUGUGAAACACUAUUUUUGCAUAAAUUUUCAGUACACCAGAGUGCGGUAUUUCAUCGAGCGAAGACGCAAUUUCAUAACAAUUCGCAACAGCAUCAUCGACUUCAAAGUGUUGAGUGCAGUCAAAUUCAUCAGUAGUUGAAAACAACGACAAAAAGCGCCGGUGGUGGUCCAAAACAACCUCAGUUCGGUUAGUGAAAGGAAAAUACAUUGAAAAUUAAAUUCGACAAAAUAACAGUUGUGAAUGUGACAAGUGAAGAUCAAUGUACCGCAUUUCAUAUGAACCAUAUGAUCUCAAAAGCCAGUCAACGCAGUCACCAAGAGUGCGUGUGCGUGCAUGUGUGUGUGCGUGUGUUGCCAAAAUCACACUCGCCUACUCACCGAGCGGAUCAGCCAACUAACCACAGCAGGCUGUUGUGCUAAAUGAAUCGCACAAUCGCCGAGUGGAUCAUUAAAAAUGACGUCACCCGCCUACCAUGCUGUCCCCGGGAAGAAUCAUCAUUGGAUUGCGGUGCUGCUGUACCUAGGGGUCGUCCUGACACCCGCGGCAGAAUCUCAAGACCUAAACACACCUCCCGUUAUUCUGGUGGACCGAAACUGGCGGAUUCGGGAAAAUAUCACCGUGGGCUCAAUGAUCAAACAGGUUGGAGCGGAAGAUAGCGACAACGACGAACUGGAAUUCGGGCUAGACCCAUUGGGAACCGGGCAGUUGCAGCCAUUCGUGAUAGAUCCCCAGAGCGGAUACGUAUACCUGAACGAAAGUCUGGAAGGAAAAGCUGGCCAGAACUUUUUCGUCUACGUCACGGUUACGGAUGGACGGGUCACAUCGAAGAACGAAGUUUACGUCAAUAUUCUUAGCAAAAACGCUACUGAUGUGUACAACUUCCGCGGACCACAGUUUACACCGGAUAUCAACAGCAUUCGAAGAAUACUGCCGCCAGGAAUACACCUACCGGGAAUCAGUUCAAUCCCACAAGCACCCCCUCCGCCGCCACCUUUCCCGCCACGACCAACGGCACCGCUGGAUACCAAUCAUCCUCCAGUUCCAUCCUCUACCAAGCAGACAAAAACGUAUCCGGACAGGUCACCGGAUUCCAGUACCGAAUCGCCUCAAGCUACAACCAAUGGAACCAUCACCAAGCUUACUCCGGUGUCCAAGAAUGAACCAUCCGCCGCAGCCAGUCCAGUAUCGCCAGUGUCGCAACCGACUACGAUUUCACCCCGCAGUAGCAGCAGCAGCACAAUCAAUCCUACUAGAACAAAACCCGCGCCAGGCGAAAGUCACCAGCUUACUUCGAUCUUACCUGUCAUCAUUUCGGUAGUGGCCAUCUUUCUAACCGCUGGUUUGGUGGCAGUUUGCAUCUUCCGCAAGUAUCUGUGCGCCAUCAGCAAAACACUCAAAAAGAAGAACAAAAUCGACAAAGCCAAAAAGUCAAACCAAAGCAAUCUCAGUAGCAAUAUCAACUCGGGCACAACAGCCGAGGACAGUCGAAAUUCGAUCGGCAUGAACCACUGGAGUGGUCCGAUGGCGUUUAGCAACCGUUACACCUCGCCCUGGGAGCGAGACCAGAAUGGGCACAUGCAGGUAACAUCUCAGCUUUCGUCGACAAGCUCGAACAAUUCGGCCAUGAACGGUUGUCUCAAGGACCGAUGGGAGUUUCCGCGACAUCGGCUGAAAGUUUUUAACAUCCUGGGCGAGGGUGCCUUCGGUCAGGUAUGGCGCUGUGAAGCUACCGAUAUUGACGGCAAGGAGGGUAUCUCCAUUACGGCCGUCAAAACGCUGAAGGAGAACGCCAGCGAGCCCGAACGGAACGAUCUGCUGUCGGAGCUGCAGGUGCUGAAAUCGCUUGAACCGCACAUCAACGUGGUCCGGCUACUCGGGUGCUGCACCGAGAAGGAUCCGAUCUUCGUGAUACUGGAGUACGUCAAUAUGGGAAAGCUGCAGACGUUCCUGCGGAACUCGAGGGUGGAGAAGCACUACGGCAAUACACACGGAAAGUCGAAGAUCCUAACAUCGGGUGAUUUGACAUCCUUCAUGUACCAAGUGGCCAGAGGAAUGGAUUUCCUGACGUCACGAGGGAUCAUUCACCGGGACCUGGCGGCGCGAAACAUCCUGAUCACCGAGGAUCACACCUGCAAAGUGGCGGACUUCGGAUUCGCCCGCGACAUCGUCACCUCCAAGGUGUACGAGCGGAAAAGCGAAGGCCGACUGCCCAUUCGGUGGAUGGCCACCGAGUCACUGUACGACAACAUCUUCACCGUCAAGUCGGACAUCUGGAGUUUCGGCAUUCUGAUGUGGGAAAUCGUCACGCUUGGUUCGACGCCCUAUCCGGGAAUCGCUGCCGCCGAAGUGAUGCGUAAAGUUCGGGACGGUUAUCGGUUGGAGAAACCGGAACACUGCCGCCGCGAGCUGUACAACAUCAUGUUCUACUGUUGGGCCAAGGAUGCGAACGAGCGACCGGAUUUCCCAGAGGUGGUGGAAAUGCUCGAUCGGCUGCUGCAGACUGAGACGGACUAUAUCGAGCUGGAACGGUUUCCGGAUCACAACUACUACAACAUGCUGAACAUGAGUGGCGAAAAGUUGUAGAGUUGUGCGUACUUUUCGGACAUAGUGAAACCAGAUUCUAGAGAUUACUAUUCGAAGCGAAUCGAUGUAAAUAGUCUUAAAAUUGUGAUAAGUUUGGCAUCUAGUGAGCUAUUUAUAAUGACCUGAAAUGUCACCGCGAAGGCGAGUGCGUUAAACUUCCUGAAAGUGUGUAUAUUAUUAUGUGUUUCCGUGCUAGAAAACGUAUUUCAAAGUGUACAUAACUACUAAUAAAAAUGAUUUUCGAAGAAAUCA